UAAGAAUUUUUUUUUUUUUUUGUGGUAUUGUGGAAGAUGAGUGAUUUCGUGUACAGAAUCAGCGUAGCUACAGAGUGGGAGGAAUUGCAGAGAAAUGGUUCCACUUUCGGUAGGGAACUUGACAAGUCUUCUCGAUUCAUCCAUCUUAGCAAACUCCAUCAGGUUCGGUCAACACUGGAUCGUUUUUUCUUGAAUUGUAAAGACGAACUCUACCUGCUUCAGAUUGAUGCUAGCAAGCUUGGCGAUGGUUUGGUGUAUGAAAUUGUGGAUGGUUCAAAUAGCUUCCCUCAUUUUUAUGGGCCAUCUCGAAGCUUCAUCCCUCUUCCUCUAGAUGCGGUCACAAAAGCGGAGAAGCUAUCUCUCUCAAAUGGUCGGUUGAGCUGUAGUUUACUUGAUUAAGUAUUCUGUUGAUUAAGUAUUCUUGUUAUCUCCUAUACUUCUUUGUAAUGUGUGUGUGGAGGGCCGAGUAUCUCUGUAACGGCAAACAAUGAUCAUCCUUUCUUAAUGAAGGAGAUGGAAUGUUGAGUUGUUGACAUGCUACUGUAGGAAUUUGAUGUAGCUUCUCAACCAAUGAUUAUGCUGUAACAUUUUUACA